AUGUCCCUGGCUCGAGUGCAAGAACGAAGCGUUUCAUUCUUUGGAAAUACAUCUCUUGAGAAAAUGCUAGUGCAAAAAUCAUUUAACUGGGAGCACUUCUCCUCUUGUGUGCCUUCCUUUGCAGCUGCCUUUGGUCUCUACUUCCCCAGGAAAGAGUACUCAGAGAAUGUCUACAUUGACCAGCCAGCAGGUACGCCUCUCCUGCGUAUCCAUGCCUUGAGGGAUUCACACGGGGAAGUGGCCCACUUUCAUCUGUGCCAGAAUCUCAUCAUUUCUCGAGCAAGAUCCCAUGAAAAUCAUUGGUUUCAAAUCAGAGAAAAAACAGGACUUCUGUACCUCAGCAAACACCUGGAUAGAGAAGACUUUAAUGUGCUGUCUGUAGGAAACUGGAUGUCAUUAUCAAAGGUGAUGCUUUAUGUCUUCCUUUCAUCCCACCCCUUCCAAGAGAAGGAAUGUGACUCUGCUACGCGCACCACUGUUUUUGUCUCCUUGAUCAAUGCUACUGCACCAGCUUGCAGUUCCCUCACAGCAAGGCAGCUUUGCUUCACAGAAAUGGAUCUCUCCUUUCACAUCAAGGAGAACAAACCACCUGGCACAUUUCAUCAGCUCCAGUUACCCUCAGUUCAUCAUCUGUGUCAGAAUCUCAGUAUUUCCUACAAACUGCUGACAGCUGAAGGUAUGCCCUUUCAAUACAAUGAGAACACCACCGGUGUGAGUGUGACACAGCGCCUAGAUCGAGAAGAGAGAGAGAGAUAUGAGCUGAUUGCCAAAUGUACUGUGAGAGAAGGCUUCAGGGAAAUGCAGGUUGAGGUGCCCUUCCUGGUGAAUGUGUUAGAUGAAGAUGACUCUCCUCCCUUCCUUCCCAACGCCACUGAUACUGCAGAUGCUGUUCAGGAAGGAGGUAAUGUUCUCCUUUAUCUAGUCCCUGAAGGAACUGUUCUUGCAACGCUAACUGUGUACGAUGCAGACACCACACCUAUUUAUCCCCUUGAAAGCAGCAGAAAGAAAUACACAGGAACCAUCAUUACUGACGAUCCCUGGAUAAGUGAAACAUUUCGGGUAGAGCACAUCUUUGAUGAAAUCCACUUCAGCCCAAAUGGCAGCCAAGUGCGGGGAACUCGACAUGAGUACAAACUGGUACUGAAUAAAAGUAUUUCAGUCACAGAGCAUCGUUCCUUCCAGUUGGAUGUUUUGGUGAAUGACACAGAAUUUCAUGGUCCAGAAAGAUCGGUGAUGCUUCAUUUUAAUGUCUCCAUCCUCCCUGUCAGCAUUCAGUUUCCAAACAUGACUUACCAGUUCACAGUGAACAGAAAUGCUGAACGCUUUGCACAAAUAGGAAGAAUCUGCAUUGAAAACUGUAUGAAAUUCCGUGGUGUGAACAUCACCUACAAGUUAUUGUCCCCCAAUGUAAGCUGCUAUCCUGUCAGCAUACUUCAGGGGCGAGAAGACAAAUAUGGAAGCCUUUAUGUGAAUGAUUCCUCUGUGCUGCACAGACCCGAAUGCAAGGAAAUACAAUACACUAUUCAAGCUACAGACAAGCAGAGCAGGAAACAUACCAAAACCCUCCUCACUGUUUUAUUGGAGGGAACUCUUUUAAAAAAAGAAGAGGACUGCCCUGACUCUUGUGCUGUGAGUAAGCACCGUGCUGAAUGUGAAGAGUGUGGUGGCCUGGGGGUGCUAACAGGAAGAUGCCAGUGGAGACAGGGGAGUGGAAAAGGGAUCACCACAAACUAUUCUACAUGCACCCCGAGUAUCAAGACUUGUCCAGAUGGCACCUGUGAUGUGAUUGAGAGCAAAGAUCAGGCUGUGUGCCCCCAAGACUGCACAAGUGGAAACAUUAUUGGUGGUCACGGCAAAGGCAUUGGAAAUCUUGGAAUUAAGUCAGGACACGGGAUUUGUUACUGCUUCCCAAGACAGAACUGUUAUUGUGAGAAAGAUGAUAUAAAGGAGCAACUAUGUGAUGACGUGUGCAAGACUGUGAUAGCAGGGGCAGUGCUGCUGUCCUUCAUCAUCUCUGUGCUGCUUUCUUCUUAUUUCAUCCAUCGUUACCACAAGAAUUCUCCGAAGCCACCUAUAGCUUCUGCAGAAAUGACAUUCCGGCGCCCAGCCCAGUCCUACCCCAUCAGUUAUUCUUCCACUAAUGUCCGCCGGCCUUCUUUAGAUUCCAUGGAGAACCAGGUCUCUGUAGACACCUUUAAAAUACCAGAAGAUCCAAAGUGGGAAUUCCCUCGGAAGAACCUAGUUCUGGGCAAGACUCUUGGAGAAGGAGAAUUUGGAAAGGUCGUCAAGGCAACAGCAUUCAGACUCAAGGGAAGGGCUGGCUAUACCACUGUAGCAGUGAAAAUGUUAAAAGAAAAUGCUUCCCAAAGCGAGCUGAGAGAUCUGCUUUCAGAGUUCAACCUUUUGAAACAGGUGAACCAUCCUCAUGUCAUCAAACUUUAUGGAGCCUGCAGUCAAGAUGGGCCACUGUAUUUAAUUGUGGAAUAUGCUAAAUAUGGCUCCUUGCGCAGUUUUCUCAGGGAAAGUCGAAAAGUAGGACCAAGCUACGUGGGUAGUGAUGGUAACAGAAAUUCAAGUUAUUUGGAUAACCCUGAUGAGAGAGCCUUAACAAUGGGAGAUCUGAUAUCGUUUGCAUGGCAGAUAUCACGAGGAAUGCAGUACCUUGCAGAAAUGAAGCUUGUCCAUCGUGAUUUAGCAGCCAGAAAUGUACUGGUGGCAGAAGGGCGCAAAAUGAAGAUUUCGGAUUUUGGCCUCUCCCGUGAUGUAUAUGAAGAAGAUUCAUAUGUCAAGAGGAGCAAGGGUCGGAUACCUGUUAAAUGGAUGGCCAUAGAGUCCCUAUUUGAUCAUAUCUAUACAACACAAAGUGAUGUAUGGUCAUUUGGAGUUCUGCUAUGGGAGAUUGUAACUUUGGGAGGCAAUCCCUACCCAGGUAUUGCUCCUGAAAGACUCUUUAACCUCCUAAAAACAGGCUAUAGAAUGGAGAGACCAGAAAACUGCAGUGAAGAAAUGUACAACCUGAUGUUGCGCUGCUGGAAGCAAGAACCUGAUAAAAGACCAACGUUUGCUGAAAUCAGCAAAGAACUAGAGAAAAUGAUGGUGAAGAGUAGGGACUACUUAGAUCUUGCAGCUUCCACACCUUCUGAUUCUUUACUUUAUGAUGAUGGGCUCUCAGAAGAGGAGACACCACUCGUGGACUGUAAUAAUGCUCCCCUCCCUCGAACCCUCCCUUCCACAUGGAUUGAAAACAAACUCUAUGGCAUGUCAUACCCGAACUGGCCUGAGGAGAGCCCCGUUCCACUCACAAGAUUCGAUGGCACUAACUCUGUGUUUUCAAGAUAUGCAAAUGAUAGUGUAUAUGCUAACUGGAUGGUUUCACACUCAGCGGCAAAAUUUAUGGACAAGUUUGAUAGCUAAAAUUUUCUUUGUGAAAGGUAAUGGACUCUUGAGGGGAACAAAGAUGCAAAGAAUGGAAAGUCCAUUGGCUCAUUCUUUGUACAACCAAUAACUAACUUUUAAAUUGGCAAACCCCUUUAUUGGUAGUUUCUAAAGUGUGUUAUUCAUGCUGAAGACUAUAAUUGGUGAUUUCCCCUUUCAGAAAACAUAUCAACCUGGAUAAGAGUUGUAGUUCCAGUACUUCUUUCGAGAUAGCCAUUUUGCAUAUGGUUCCGUUCGGAAGCUUCGUACUGCAAAUGGCCUCGCACUACAUUCUUGCUGGCUUUUAGGCUAACCAUCCUGCAUUACAGCUUUCUUGGAUGGGAAAAUGUACUUGAACUGCUACUUUUAUAGUGGCUGUUAGCAUAUGACCACUUGAUCUAAGCAGCAAGCACAAACAAUAUAUGGAAAGGAGGGGGGAAAUAGGCUCCUAAAUUAUUGAGCUUGCUAUAAAAUGAGAAGUGUUACAAUGACGUUGGCACUAACAAAGCCUGUAUCUUGGUUUGGAAGCAAACAUUAAGUAACUCAAUAGAGGACUUGAGAUUCAACAUUUGAAGUCUUGUAAAAUGUAUUGUCUUGUCUUAAUGAGAAAAUAAUUUGUUUUAUUAGUCUAAACUUCUCUUACCUUUAGCACAAUGGAGAUAAAUUUGAUACAAGAUAAGCUGUAUAGACUGAUGGCAAUCAAGAGUGUUCAUCUGACACAAUUUACUUUCCAUCACCUACAUCUUACAUUAAAAUGUACAAUCUUGUACAAUCAUAAUUCCUCUAUGAGUUCAAAAUAGACUGUACAAGAUUUUUAGAUUGAAUUCAAGUAAAGAGCUUUU